UUUCACAUCCACACACUGAUGGCGGGAGCUGCCAUGCAAGACCCUAACCACGACCCAUCUGGAGCAAGGGUCAAUUGUCUUGCUCAAGGACACACUGGACAUGACGAGGAUGAUGGAAGCUGCGGCUCGAACUACGGACCCUCAAUUUGCCACCACCGAGCCACGCCGUUCCCUACUCGAUGGAGCAUAAAACCGCCAUCCUCGUCUCCAGCGGGUCUUUCCAUGACGCCGCCAUCCUCGUCUCCAGCGGGUCUUUCCAUGACGCCGCCAUCCUCGUCUUCAGCGGGUCUUUCCACGACGACUCCGUCAUCAUCAUCGGAGUCAUCGUCGCCUUCGCGACCUCCAGCUUGCCGGCCGCAUAAGCCAUCAUCAGGCGCCCGCACGCGGCCUCCUCGUCGACCAAGAAUGUGGCCGUUUCAUGAAUGGCCUCCGCACUAUCAGCAACUAGGCCCAGGACCCGGGCAUGGACGGUUACAGCUGAUGCCACCUUGUGUCCACCUCCUCGUCGGCCACGGCGGCGGUCUACCCGUCGCUGCCGUCUGACUCUUCCCCAUUGAUUGCGAGGACAUAUGGCCAAGCAACCCACCGCCUAGUCCUCCCUCUGCCCUCCCGUGACUUUGGACUUUUUCGGUUUUGUUUUUUAGAAAGUCUGAUAUCUGUUUUGUUGUGGGGGCAUUCUGUCACGGCUUGCACACCACACUGUGCCUUAUUUUAAGUUUCUUGGUAAAUUUCUGCGUGUCGUUUUAGUUCCUGUCUUGCACUCUUAUUAGGUGUUUUUUCACUUCCUGUUUUUCCCUUUCCUGCAGCAGUUUUACGCCUGCUUUCGAGCACGUUUCCCCUCACCUGUUUUCUGUUUGUA